ACUCAAUUGUCAGACAUUGCUAAUACAUUACCAAACGCAUCGAUUCAAUGAAACAACAACCAAUGACUCUGACAGGAUUAGCAGCGCACACGUUACCGGAAUUACCAAAACAACCGCGGUUAUAACUACCGAUAAAAGGUUUUAACUUUGCAAUGGCAGGGGACGAAAGUAUUUUUCUGCGAGCACAGGAUCGGAGCUUUUUGGGGCUGACAGAAGAUGAGCAGAAGGAGUGGAAUGGGCCCUUUUAUUUCAUCCAGGCUGCGGACCCACAACUUGGCCUGAUGAAGGCUUGGAGGAUAGGUGAUUGUGAUUCAGGAGGGGAUGAGUGGGCAGAGGAGGUCCAACUUACAAAGCAGGCGGUCCAGGCCAUCAACAAACUGGAACCCAAACCUCGCUUUCUUGUGCUGUGUGGAGACCUGGUCCAUGCUAUGCCUGGAAAUUCAUUUAGGGAAGAUCAAGUUAAGGAUCUGAAAGCAGAACUAAGAGGCAUUAACCCUGACAUUCCUCUCGUCUUUGUCAGCGGCAACCACGACCUUGGCAACGCACCCACUCCAGAUACCAUAGAGCAGUUCUGUCGUGACUGGGGCGAUGAUUACUUUAGUUUUUGGAUUGGUGGGGUUUUGUGUUUGGUGCUGAACUCUCAGUUCUUCUUCGACUCAUCUGGCUGCCCAGAACUAGCGACGGCCCAUGACGUCUGGCUGGAGAAUCAGCUGCAGAGAGCCAUCCAGACUCCCUGCCAGCACGUACUCAUCUUCCAGCACAUUCCACUCUUCCUCCAAACACCCGAGGAAGAGGACGACUACUUCAACCUGCAGAGGGGGAUCAGAGAGCGCCUGAUCCAGAGGUUCAAACAAGCAGGGAUCAAAGCUGUGUUCUCCGGUCACUACCACAGAAAUGCAGGAGGAUUGCAUGAUGGGCUGGAUAUGGUGGUGAGCUCAGCCAUUGGCUGUCAGUUAGGAGAUGACACGCAUGGUGUGAGGGUGGUGGUAGUUACAGAAGAUGGCAUAACACAUCGCUACCAUAGCCUGGACCAAUUGUCUAAAAGAGGAAUGGAUGAAGACCUGAGGAAACUGCUGGCAUGAACCUUUCACCAACAGUACAUUAUUAGCACACACACGGACCGAAGCUGGGAUGAAUUUUCCUUUGGGAUGAAUUAUCCUCAUUAAAGUCACCACAAUUUGUCAGUUUUUUACGCAUUUCUUUGUAGGCUGAUUGUUUCUACAUAUACAGCUUUCAUCAGGGGUAUUUUUACAGCAAUAAAAAGAGUCUCACGCUCUGAAUACAUUAGCAAGCAUUAAAAACAUGAACCAGUGAAACUUUUGAUCUUUGAUACAGAGAUCAUGGCUCUCUACAGUUUAAUCAUGCAAAUGCGUCUGAGAAUGUCUUAAACGCUGAAGUUAAAUCAGCUCAUCAUACUAAUGUAGGGAGGCAGUGCAGUGGUACAAUGGUAGUUUAAUAGUGCUGAACAUUGUGGAUGACAGUUUGAUGAGUUCACUCCUUGCUCCUCUACUCAUUACGUACUCUGAGAGGAGGAAAGAGGCGAUCACCAUGGUAACCAGUGAAAGAUGGUACUACGGUGAACAGGACAGCGAGUCACUUGCUCUGUGGGUUGAUCACCACAAACAUAAUUGCUGACAUCACACUUGUGACUUUCAAAAGCAUCCGGGUGUGAUUAAAAGAACUUUGGGAGUGUGCGGGAAGAGACUUUUAUAGUAGACCAAGCCUGUUGGUGAUCUUGUACUUUUUCAUCUGAGCUACCUUUGUAUGACUGCGCUUGACAUGUUUCAAAUCCAACAUCAAACUGAUCUCUUUCAUGAAAUACUAAUGUUUAAUGUAUAGAGAUUUAUGAUCAUAUUGUGUACAUGAUUGUAUUUUUACCUUGUAAUUAUAACAACAUUAAAUAUAAUUGAGAAAUAGUA